AUUUAAUUUUGUCGAUGAGCUUCACGCAAACAUCGAGAGCAUGAAACAGGAUGCAAGAACAUUGCAGAACACUAAUUUACGAAAAAAUGCUGAGGCGGAGAUUCAAAGGCUUGAGAAAUUAGCGAAUGAUUUGUCUUCUAAACGAAGAGCAUGGUAA